AUGUCAAAUACCAACUCAUCAAACAACAGCCUUUCGGUGGAAACCCAAUUAAUUUCAUUAAAUUCGAAUAAUAAUGACCAAUUUGGUAGUAGUGUCCCACCUUUAUAUCAAUCUACUACUUUUAAACAGGCUUCAUUGGAUGAGCCACAAAAAUAUGAUUAUACAAGAUCAGGCAAUCCAACAAGAACUUUAUUGCAGCAUCAAAUCGCUAAAUUAUAUGAUAACAUUAAUGGCGAUUACGUUUUUGCAGUUAAUAGUGGUAUGGCCUGUUUGGACAUUAUCUUACGUGGCCUAGUACUAAGCGAGGUCUCUAUUAUGGUUAAUAACAAGCACACGAAACCUAUCAUCCUUGCGGGCGAUGACUUAUACGGUGGCACCCAAAGAUUGUUGGAUUUUAUUGGCAAUACAGUUGAUGUUGUCCAUGUUGAUACCACAAACACAAAACAAUUUUUAAAUACUUACAAGAAAUAUGCCAAGCGUUGCAUAUGCGUAUUAUUGGAAAGUCCAACUAAUCCACUAUGCAAAGUUGCCGACUUACCCAAAAUUAUUUCCGUAAUCAAGUCCAUUAACUCUGAUUGUAUUGUCGUUGUUGAUAAUACCAUGAUGAGCGGGUUAAACUGUAAUCCAUUAACAUUCGGUUCUGAUGUAGUUUACGAAUCAGCUACAAAAUAUCUAAAUGGUCAUCACGAUAUCAUGGCCGGUGUUAUUAUCGCCAAAAAUGAGGUGAUAGCUAGAAAAUUAUAUUUUGUUAUUAAUUCAGUGGGAAGUGGGUUGUCUCCAUUAGAUUCAUGGUUGUUAAUUAGAGGAUUGAAGACUUUAAGUGUUAGGCUAUAUAGACAACAAUUCAAUGCUAUGGUUUUAAGUAGAUGGUUAGUGGAGAGUUGCGGGUUUAAUAAAACAAACUAUGUGGGUUUGAAAGAAUAUCAUGCUCAAUAUAACUUACAUAAAUCGUUCAAUAAAGGCCCUGGUGCUGUGCUCAGUUUUGAAACAGGUUGUUUUGAUAAAUCCAAAAAAAUUGUAACCUCAAAAUUUUUGAAAAUAUGGAAUUGCACUGUCUCAUUUGGUUGCGUUAAUUCACUAAUUUCCAUGCCUUGCAAGAUGUCACAUGCUUCAAUUGAUCCUAAAUUAAGAAAAGAAAGGGAUUUCCCAGAAGAUUUGAUUAGACUAUGCUGCGGUAUUGAAAAUAUACAAGAUUUGCAGAAUGAUUUAUUACGUGCAUUUGUGGAUGCCGGCUGCAUUGAAUUGAUCAAUGGCGGUGAAAAAAUUGUUAAUUUACUUAACGGCCAUGUUGGUGUAAAUACUAUAGGCAAGGUUGGUAAAAUACCCAAUAUUUAUGAUCUGUUUGAGAACGAACAUAAUGGUGAGCAUGCCAUGAAAUCUAGUAUUCUUUCGUACCAGCCUUCUAUAGCAAAAUUAUAG